UGGCCACUAUCCGAGCUCAGUCGCUAGCCAGACGGCUUGCAAGUCACUGAUACUUUCUCCUUCUCUCUCUUACACAUUUGUCGAUCCGUGCCAGCCUGUUAGGGUUCCCCUCAACUGCGGCCGCGCCAAUUUCUCUCUAUUUCUCUCUGCACAUUCUCAACUCUCUCACCCGUUUAGAACCUUUACUUCUUCGUCUACUACUUGUAUUAGUCACGAUGUGGUAUGUUGUCAGAACAACGAGCCAUGUGCUUCCAUUCUUGGUGAUUUUGCUGAUCGUCAGCCUGGCCACGGCCAAGCCGCGCUCCACCAAGCGAUCGCCGCCCAGCUCAUUCGUCUCCACCGCAGCAGCCGCAGCCGCAGCCACGGCCAAAGAGAGGAGCCCUUUCCUCUGCGAUCCCGACAAGUUGAUGGUCUACAAAGUGACGCUGGCAACCCACUGGUCGCGAACGUUGUUCCCCAAACAAUAUCCGGAAUGGCGACCUCCCGCUCAAUGGUCCAAAGUCAUCGGUCGGUCUCACGACUCGAGCUACACCCUGUUCCGAAUCAGUCAGGCGUCCACCGAAGGAUUCAAGGAGUUUACCGAGACGGGCAGAAGCGACACUUUGGACGCGCAGUCGCAAGGAGAGGGCGGCAUCUUUGACGAGUUCAACGCCCCGCCCGUCACGGCCGGCGAAGGCAAAACUGAAGCCGAAUUCUUUGUAGACAGCAAUCAUUCGAGGGUGUCGCUGGCAUCGCGAAUUGUUCCUUCGCCGGAUUGGUUUGUCGGACUAGACAGUUUCAAUCUGUGCAUCGAUGGCCAAUGGGUUGACAGUGUUGCGAUCAAGGUUGGACCCAUGGAUGGUGGAACUGACAACGGAUUCACUUUCACUUCUCCCAAUUGGCCGUCGGAUCCGACGGAAAAAAUUUUCCGCAUCACGUCCAACAUGCCAAACCAUCCGGCCAAUUCCUUUUACUAUCCAGAUCUCAACGAUCUGCCUCCUAUUGCCACAUUUUUCUUUGUCAAGGUGAAAGAGUACGCUCUGGCUGAAAUCUUUGACGCCGUGACUCUGGCGCCCACCAGUGAUACGCCAACGCCGCAGCUGGAAGAUGUUCUUCUCACACAGCAGGGAGUUGACACGUCGUCAUCAACUUCCAGCACCACCUCAACGACAGUUCCUUCUGAGAGAUACGUCGAGCAAGCCGACCGUGAAGAAAGCGAAGACGUGGACGAACAGAACAACGAAACCCUGCGGAAAAAGAGCAACAAGAAAUCGUCGUCUGGCGCCAAAUCCAAAAGCGAAUCGACCAAAAAAUCGUCGCUACUCAAAUCACUCGUCACCGACUACAGUCGCGACGAAAGAGCAAAGAAAAAUAGACGAGGGCGCAAGUGGUCGAAUUUGACAGGUGGGCCACGCCAUUGCAUCGUCAGCGAAUGGGGAGCUUGGUCUGCCUGUUCCAAGAGCUGUGGCAUCGGUGAAUCUACACGUGUUCGAAGAGUCUUAACUCACGCCCGUCGAGGUGGCAACCCGUGCCCACCCUUAGAGGAAAACAAAUGGUGCGGGUCCUCUCGCGAUUGUUCACACGCUUAUUUCGACUGGUAGUGCAGCUGGCGGCUCUUUAAUUUUAUUUUUGAUUCAAAAACUGAAUGUUAAUGAAAAAACGUAAGUCCCGAGAAUUUAUGCAAAUUCCCUUUUUCUCCAUUAACCAAAAAAGAAGAAAUGGGAACUAGAGUAAAUGUCUUCAUGGACAUGAUUGGAUGUGAGUUUAUUUAAGGAAAAUGGACGUGUACGAUAACUAAAAAAAAAAAAUCUAAUCUUUUUUUUUUUUUUAAAUGAAUAACCCCCAUGCUGCUUGUGUUGUAUUUAUGAGACUCGUUUAAAUUAGCAAAGUAAUCGCGUUCAACGAACUCAUCUUACAUUUUUUUUUUUAUUUCCUACGGCCAUCAACUGCUACCCGUUCAAAAAAAGACAAAAAAAUUUUUGUGAAUAGUCGUUACCUUCAUUGAUAGUGCACGUCCCCAUCAUUUCGAAGUAGUUGUUAUUACAAAAUUGAAUUGACUUGAGCCAAUUGUUGUUCGAAAAAUAUGGCGAAUAAAAGGCGGAUGAGAAGAGCCAAGUCGAUGAGCUAUCCACACGCUUUUGAUGCUGUUUUUAUCGCAAUUGAAAAUGUUUUUCGAAAUCACAAAAUCGACAAAAAUAUAAAUGACUGCAAUUACAUCCGAGGGUUUCCAAUGUAAUGCGGACGUGGCCAUUUCACUGCCAUAAUAUUUGAUCAAACGAAUAUUUGUGUCCUUUUCGAGUUCUACGUUGUUCGUCGUAAAAUUGCACACUGUAUGACUAACCAGAAACGUCCAUAAAUAUAUACUUGUACCAAAUUGA